AUUUGUGAUACUCUAAAGAUGGCAAUGAUUAUAUGAUUUUUUCUAUUUUUGUUUUUUUUUCUUAUUUGUUCUCCUUUUUUAUAUUUGUUUCAUCUGUGAUACUUUGAAGAUGAUACUGAUUCUUUAAUUUAUUUAUUCUAAUUUAUUUAUCUCUAUCGCGUUAUUUCUUUUCUAUAUUCGUUUAUAUUUCGUGAUCACGAUGCGAGAGAUUAAUUGAAUAUACUUUUAUCAUUUCUUUUUCAAAAUUACGAUAUUUUAAUUACGAUUAUUUAAUUUUAAUUUAAUUUAAUGUUAAAAUAUUACAUUUUCAAUUUUAUAUUAUAUCUUUAGUAUGUUUAAAAAUAUUUAAUUGAAAAGUAAAUAUCGUAAAUAAUUUUAUAUUUAAAUUUUCUAAAAUGAGAAAUUUAUAAAAGUAAAAAAAAAUUUAAAAAAAGGAAUUCUUUAGAUGAAAGAAAAGAAAAUAACAAAAAAAUAUAAAAAAUAUGUUAUAUGUACAUAAUAUAUAAAAAUGUAAAAAAAUAAUAUAUAUAUGCAAUAAAAAGAAAAAUAUUAAAAUAUACACAUAAAAUAUAUUAUAAAUGUUUAUAAUUAUAAUAUAUGUAUGUGUAAUAUACAUAUAUAUAUAUACUUAGAUAAAAUCCAUAUGUUAAAAAUUACGUAUCAGAGUUUAACAUCACGGCAUUGAUGGUUCGUGACAUUCAUGCGGUGUGAGUUUAUUUUUCUAAAUUUUAUUAGUAGGAAACUAAGUAGCAGCAUGUUCAAUACGAAUUUUAUAAAUGAAGACUUUCAUAAUUGAUAAGCAAUCAUCAUAUUAUUAUUUUUUAAAGUGUUCUGGCUCUUAUUAUCAUUACGUUCGCCAGAACAACUUAACCUUUGAUGAAAUAUGUUUCCACCGAAAGACUUGGAGAAAUCAGAUUAUAUUAGUUUAAAUAUCCAAGAAAGUGCAACAUUUACGCGAGGAUCAUCACGUAGUCUUUGGAGGCAAUGGAAUCAAUUGUCAAGGUUUCAAAGAAAUAUUCUUUAUUUCUUAGUUAUUACAAUCAUAUUAGUUAUAUUUUAUCUUUUACCUGGUGAUAAUAAAAAUGGAGUUUUAGAUGAAAGUGAUUAUAAUAACAUAGAAGUAGUGCAAGAUACUCUUAAAUAUGAAAAGGCAGCAGAAGAUAUUGUAGUAGAUAGUAUAAAUCAAGAACAUAAAGGAGGUGGGGAGGUCAUUGAGGAACCUGAAUUCCAACCAGAAAUAAACCAGGUGGACGAUGAUCAAAUUGGAGAACCACCUCAACCUAAACCAAAUACACUUAAAUUUAAUGGACCACAGAAUAAUAGACAAAAAGCUAUAGUUGCAGCAUUCAAACAUUCAUGGAAUGGAUAUAAAGAAUAUGCUUGGGGUUAUGAUAAUAUAAAACCAAUAUCAAGAAAGUAUUAUGAAUGGUUUGGCUUAGGUCUCACUAUAGUUGAUUCUCUUGGUACUAUGUAUAUAAUGGGUUUAAAUAAUGAAUUUUUAGAAGCUAAAAUGUGGGUUGAAAAAAAUUUAGUAUUCUCUUCAAAUAGAGAUGUUAAUUUAUUUGAAGUUACAAUUAGAGUAUUAGGAGGUCUAUUAUCAGCAUAUCAUCUUUCAGGUGAUAAGAUUUUCUUAAAUAAAGCUACAGAAUUAGGAGAUCGUUUGAUGCCAGCGUUUUCUACUUCAUCUGGCGUUCCUUAUUCCGACGUAAAUCUUGGAACUAAAACUGCACAUGGUCCUAAAUGGGGUCCUGAUAGCAGUACAAGUGAAGUUACUUCAAUUCAAUUAGAAUUUCGUGAUUUAAGUCGUAGUACAGGAGAUCCUAAAUUCGAAGAAGCAGUAGCGAAAGUAUCGGAACAUGUACAUCAAUUAGAAAAAUAUGAUGGUUUAGUACCAAUUUUCAUUAAUGCUAAUACUGGACAAUUUAGAGAUCAUUCAACAAUUACACUCGGUGCACGCGGUGAUAGUUAUUAUGAAUAUUUAUUGAAACAAUGGCUUCAAACAGGAAAGACUAUUAAUUACUUACGAGAUGAUUAUCUAUUAGGUAUUGCUGGAACUCAAAAGCAUUUGGUAAAACGUACAGCAAUUAAUAAAUAUCUUUUCAUAGCAGAACUAGUUGGAGUAAACAAAGAAAUAACACCAAAAAUGGAUCAUCUUACAUGUUACUUGGGAGGUACUUUAGCUUUAGGAGUACAUCAUGGUUUACCAUCUAAUCAUAUGGAUCUUGCUAAUGAAAUUGUUAAGACUUGUUAUCAAACAUAUGCAAUUCAACCCACGUUCCUUGCUCCAGAAAUUACUUAUUUUAAUAUUCAGAAUACAGAUGGAGAAAAAUCAAUGGAUAUGUAUGUAAAGAUGAAUGAUGCACAUAAUUUACUCAGACCAGAGUUCAUUGAAAGUAUUUUUUAUAUGUGGUAUUUUACUGGGAAUAAAACUUACCAAGAUUGGGGAUGGCAAAUAUUUCAAGCUUUUGAAAAUUAUACGAAAGUAGAAAAAGGAUACACCAGCAUUGGAAACGUGAGAAUUGUUUAUAAUACACCACAAAAGGAUAUGACAGAAAGUUUUUGGUUUGCUGAAACUUUAAAGUAUUUGUACUUGUUGUUUGAUGAUACAAGACAAUUAAUAGAUUUAGAUAGAUGGGUAUUUAAUUCUGAAGGACAUCCGCUACCUAUAUACGAAUCGUAAUUAAAUCCGAUCACAAAAUUUCAUAUAUUGCAUAAUUUGUAUAAAUUUGCACCUUUAGAGAGUCUUAAAUAUCUUUCGAGGCCAGUGAAUAGAUAUCAUAUGCAAAUAAGAAAUUAAUCGAAUUAAUGUACUUUAAAAUAGAUUUUUAGAUUAAUGAUAUUCUAACAAAUAAUUCUCAAACUACAUUUUCAUAAAAAUAUUUUUCAUUCAUUAUUCUAUAAAAAAAAAAAAGCAUUUAUUGGUAAUUAUUUAUGCUCAAUUUUUUUACUAAUUUUCUAAUUCAAAAGUGUGUAUUUUUAAAUUCAUCAUUAUAAUCUAUUUCAUGAUAAAUAAUUUAAAAAUACAAAACAUAUUUAAGAGAUCAUAUUUUUAAACAGUGUAUAAAAAUUGUUGAUUACAAUGUUUAAAAAAGAAAUUUAAAAAAAUUAUUCUCUUAUAGUCUGAUAUUAAAUCCUCUUCUUUUUAAUUCAAGUAGGAACUCUUACAAAAUCACUUAAUUACAAAUCAUCUAUAUUAUUUACUUAUAAAAAAAAUUAUUACAAAAUUUUGAUUAAACAAGAAUUUUAAAAAUAAUAUUAAUUUAAGAUAUCUUAAAUUAUCUUCAAAGAUCCUAGUCAAAUCAAAUUUUCUUUUUUGUUAACAAAUGUAUAAUAUUUUAUUUCUUACAUAUUUUUAUAUUUAAUUAUUUUAGUUCAAAUAAAUGACUCAAGUAAAUGAACAUGACAUUAAAAAGUGAAGAUUAAUUAUUUCCAAAUAACAUAUAUCAAUUUUUUAAAAUAUUAAGAAUAUUUUCUUAUCUUUUAAAAUUUAUUAUAGAAAUAUUUCUGUAAUAUAAAACAUCUUAUAUAUUACAUAUAUAUAAUAUAAAUAUAUGUAUAUAUAAUGAUAUACUGAGUACUUUGAAUUAUUCAAAAUUUUAAUUUAUUAUUCCUCUUAUAAUAAUUUAAAUAUUAUUUAUUGCACACUUUUUGUAUAAAAUAUUAACAAAUAUUAAAUGUUUACAAAACUUUUAUAGGUAAUAUUAAAAAAAAAAGAGCAAUCAAUAAAUUAAAAUACGAAAAAAUAUAUCGUAGAAAUAUCACAAGAACAUGUAGGUAUUUUAUUUAUAAACAGUUAAUGAGAUAGUAAUAAAUUAUCAUCAUUUAAUCAAAAUAUUGUAGAUCUAAUUCAGAAUUAUUAUUAAUUCUGAAUUAUUAUUAAAAUAAUUAAUCUAUAAAAAUAGUAAAAUUUAAAUUUUACUUCAAAACAUCAAUUAUAUGACAGAAGUUUAAAUUAUUCAUACACAACAUGCAUACAUUUUAGUUUUUAUAGUUUUUGAAAUAUAAUAUGUAAAUUAAAUUGAUUUUGUUGGUGAUUAAUUUAUAUAUAUAUAGAAUAAUUAUAUAAGAUAUUCUAAAGAAAAAAUUUUUUUAAGAAACAUAAAAUUUUUAAUUUUAACAUCUAAAAAUAUAAUUUAUCUUAAGAAGAAAUAAAUUAUUUUUAUAUGCAUUUGUUCAUCUACUAUAGCAAAUAAAUUUUCAAUAUUAUUAUUAUUUUAAAAAAAUUAAACAUUAGAUAAAAUUAUUAAAAAAUAAUAAUAAACAUAAAUUGCAUUCUUGUAAUAUAAAAAUAUUUGUUUGGCAACUUCAUUCUUUAAAUGUAUUGUGGAAUUUUAUAUUUUGUACUAUCAAUUAUAUCAUAUAACUUAAUAUUUAUUCUACUUUCCAACAAGUGUAAUUCAUAAAAGAAAAUAUAAAUAAUAUUAGAAGUAAUGAAUAAUUAAAUUAGAUAAAUAUGUUACAUUAUUAUAUAGAUUAUUAAAUUGCACUUUGUGUUAUUAAUUUCAUUAUUUAAAUAUUUUAUUAUAUUUGCAAAACAAUCGAUAAUAUCGAUACGAUAUUCGUAUUUUUGAUUUUUAAAAUACUUUAAUACGAAAGUCGAAAAAUAAACCAUAUGAAUAUAUAAAACAUUCAUUUAAAAAUAAAUAUAUUCUAUUUAUUGAAUUCAAUUUCAUUAUAUAUUAUGAUCUUUAAAAAUCAAAAUAAUUUAUUUAAUUUAUAUUAUGUAUCAAUAAAAUGAGAUAUAAUUUGAUAUUAUGAAAUGCAGAAUUUGAAAAUUUUUAAUUAUUGAAUUUCUUAUAUUAUUUUAUUUUUGUUAAUUGUUUAUAAAAAUAACAAAUUUAUAUAAAUGAAUUUCGUAAAUUAAUUAAUAUGGAUUUUAAAAUCAUGACAGUGUCUUUAAUUUGUACGAAUUUUGAAAUAUAUUUACAAAAUAUAUCUUUUUUUUUUUUUUACUAAAGAAUUUAAUAAUUUUAUUAUAUUUAUUCUCAAUUUUAAAUGUUCAAAAUGUAACAACUGCACAUAUCAAAUUUAUAUAUUGUGUAAAUUGUAAUUUUUGUACAUCUUAUGUGUAAUAUUUUAAGAUUUUAUGCCAUUUAUAAAUGUAAAAUGUUAUUUUCAAAAAUAUUUAAUCUAUUCAAGUAUUUUGUUUUAUAAUGAAUAUAUUUUAUAAUUUUAAUAUGUAAAUAAAUUUACGGCACUUAAGCAGUCUUUAAGAAUAAUUAACAUUAUGACUUUUCAUUCUUAAUUUUAUGAUGGAAUAAAACAUAUGUAUAUGUAUAUAUAUAUGUAGUAAUAUUACAUGAUUUUUAAAAGGAAAAAAUUGCUAUAAAUUAAAAAUUUAUUUAAUAUUAAGCUAUUUUUAAUGCCUUAUUUAAAUAAUAUAUAAAUAUUUAGAAACUACUCUAUCAUUAUGUAAAAAUAGGAAUGCACGAAUAAGAUUAUCAUGCGGAAUUUUUUUAUAAAGUUAAAUUCAUUGUUAAUAAUAAAUUAUAACCAGAUAAUUUUUGUUAAAAACUUAUAAGAAUAACAUGUAAAAAAAUAAUUUUUAUAAAUUGGAAUGAAAUUUAACAGUCUAUGAAAUGAUAAUAAUUACUAUUGUUAUAAUUAUAUUAUAUAAUAUAAUCAAUUAAUUUGUUAUAUACAGUUUAAAUAAGCAAUAUUAAGAUUGAUUUUUUUAUGUCAAAAAUGAUGUAAAAGUUUAUAAAAGAUUUAAAAAUAUUAUAUAUAUAUAUAUAUAUAUCUUAACUAAAAAAUUUCAAUUUCAUUUUCAUAUACUUCAUAAAUAUCGCACAAUACAAAAAUAAUUAUUUUAUAAAAAUAUUAAAUUUUUCAAUUAUCUCAUUGAAAUUUGAUCAUUUUUCAAAUAUGUUUUUAACAUAUUUCAUCCAUUUUCAUUUAAUAAAUAAAAAUCGAAGAUAAGAAUAAGAUUUUUUUUUAAAUACGAAGAUUUAAUAUUUGUUUAAAAAAUUGAUCGAGCAAAACUCGAUUAUUAAAAUUCCAUUUGAAUUUGUAUCCCAUAUAAUUCAAUGGAAAUAUAUAUCAUUCAAAUUCUCUUCACACGCAUAUAUACUAAAUCGCAUGCAACGAAUAUAAAUGAUUAUUCGAUACGCGAAGAAUUCUGGCUGUUAAAGUAUUACACACUCGCAGCACUGCUGCGUAAAAUAUAUACAAUCUACAACGCAAGAAUCAUUUUCAGAUUGGGCGAUUGGCUUGGUUGCCUCCGAGUCGAAUCCAUUCCUUUCAAUUUUCGGUUGUGGUUCGGGAACCGGCAGCACUGCCUGCGUGAUUGGCACUGCAUUCUCAAUCGUCUCGGCAUCAGUAUUCAAUAAUUUAUUCGUCACCGGAAUAGUAGGUGUGGUUGGCGUGAUUUUACCAGAACAGGCUUCAUCUGGUAUAUCGUAGUCUACCAAAGGUACAGAAGUCUGGAGCGGUGGAGGUGAAUCACUGGACAUGAUGACACUAAAACAAAAUUUCUUUUAAAUCUUUUUUUUUUGUUUUUUUUUAACAAAUAUUUUAUUUUUCAUUUAUAAUAAAAAAAUAUUCAAUAUAAUUUUUUUUAAAUAAAAUUAAAAUUGAUUUGCAUAUUUUUAUUUCAAUCAAGUAUAUUUGUAUUUAUUUUUCAUAGUAAAAACAUGAUUAGUAAAAAUGAGAGUGGCAUGAAAUAUAAGAUUUAUAUUUAUUUAUUCCACUAGUUAUAAUCAUAUAUUCUUUAGAUAUACGCAGAACUUUUUUCAUAAAAUAAUUUUUCAUGAAAAAUUCUACGAGAAAAUUUAAAAAACAUAUUAAAUUUUUCUGUAAAUUAAAUUCAGAAUUAUUAUUCCUCUGUUAAUCUGGUCAACGGGUACUUUGUUAUUCAGGCUUGUCACAUAGUUGACCUUAGUUUCUUUACUAUUCAACUCAAAUUACUCUUAUUCGUGCUUAUCACAAUGCAUCUUUAAAAAAUUCAUCAUUUUCAAUUCAAAGUAUAUUGAAUGCUUAUAUUUUCUUGACUAAGUUGCUCUAAUUAUUUUAUAUCUUUUGAUUUGUCGUAAUAUAAUUAUUUAUAAAAGAAAUAGUAAUCAAAAUCGUAAUUUUAUAGUAUUAUUCAAAUACUUAUAUAAAGAUUUAGUGUUUGAUAUAAGAAAAAUAUAGAUUACACCUAAGACAUUUUUUCAUUAAACAUUAUAAAGGGUUUCUGUCUUUUUCUCUUCCUCUUCCUCUUAAGUAUUUUGGUAGAAAGUGUAAAGAAGAAGACAUACCACCUAGCUUUCAUACAUGGUUGCAUUCUACUCUUUUCUUCUGACGUCAAAGUAGAAUAAAAGGAUAUCUGCUUGGCCAUUUUGUAAAUAUCGCAGAUUUCAAGUGAUUAGAAUCAUGCCAUCUCAUGUGAAAAUAUGCCUCAAGAUUCGUGUUUCGAAUUGUUUAUCCUUCUCCAUCAAUACUGCGAAUAGAGCGCCACAUCUCCCCUCC